AUGAGUGACUCCUCCAAGGUGUUAUUGUUUGGGUCAUUCACAGAAGAUGAAACUAGGUCUUUACUGAAUCAGAAUUCUACCAGUUCAGACAGGCCAGUGGGAAAUACAGCAUCGCGAAAUUCUACCAGUUCAGAAAGGCCAGUGGGAAAUACAGAAUCGCGAGUCAAUUCCCCAAAGCUGGUGCCUGUGUUGAAUUUUGGUAAUUUUAGUGGCAUCAAUAACAUACAGUUUGGCUUCCCAAAUGGGCCUGAAGGCUCACAUCCCUCUGAAGGCUCACAUUCCUCUAAUAUCCAAGAGGGCAAUGAAGUUUUGGCUACAAAAUCAGCCGGAGAUAACUUGUCAAAAAAUCUGAAAGAAAAUGGAACUAUUGGGAAAUACGAUUCUUGUAAUAAUGGAAAUGAGGCAGUAAUCGAUGACAUCACUUUUACCGGAUCACAUUUAUCCGAGAAUGAGAAUGGGACAAGAAAAUCUUCUAGCUUGAUAUUGAAAGAUGAAGAGCCCCAUUGGAAGUUGAAAGGGACUGCUAAUAAUUCCUCAGUCGAAGCUCAAUCUGAGGCCCAUUUUAAGGUGGACGGACCUGUUUUAGCUGUGAGAGAUUUACUACCCCGAGGCUUAAUCAACUCUGGAAAUUUGUGCUUCCUUAAUGCGACAUUACAGGCACUUUUGUCCUGUUCUCCAUUUGUUCAACUUCUACAGAGACUAAGAACUUGUAAUAUUCCAAAGGUUGGCUAUCCAACAUUAACUGCAUUUGCCGAGUUUGUUGGUGACAUCUGCACUUCAGGAAAGCCAAGGAUGGACAGGAAAGAUUCUACUACUGUUCUUGAAAUGGGCAGUUCGAUCUGUCCCACCAUGUUUGAACUGGUACUGAAGAACUUUACUCCUGAUGUGGCCAGCAGCAUUUCAGGAAGGCCAAGACAAGAAGAUGCACAAGAAUUUUUAAGUUUCAUCAUGCAUCAAAUGCAUGAAGAAUUGCUGAAGCUUGAGGGGCAACCUAAUUUGAAUGGAAAAAAAUCAUCUCUUGUUUCUACGCCUGAGGAUGAGGAGUGGGAGACAGUUGGCCCCAAGAAUAAAUCUGCUGUUACAAGAACACAAAAUUUUGCUCCCUCAGAGCUCAGUUCAAUUUUUGGGGGACAAUUGCGAAGCGUAGUCAAGGCAAGAGGUAAAGCUAAAUGGCAACUAAAAGACUUCCAUUUCUCCAUAUUUUAUGAAGUGUUAAACACACUGGCCUGCAUUCGUGCUUGA